GCGUCACAGUAAGAGUGGAAUAGAUUAUAUCUAUCUGUUGGUAGUGGUCCAAGGGUGAGAGUAACAUAAUAACCAGUCAUUCUGUUUAUCAAAAUGAAAGGUCGGGCGUAGUUUUCAACAGCGUGUGCCUCCGCGUGACAUGUGCACACUCAAAGGCUAUAGGUACAUUUUUUGUCUCCCAUAGCAACUUUGAUUACCCUUUGCCAUGCUUUGACAUGUUGUCAGUGCGACACUAGGACCAUAGUUCAGUCGGAAGAUCCUAUACCCUGAAGGUCGUACAAAAAUGGGUAUGGAAAGCAAGGAAAUGACGUCGUCGAAUGUUGAUAAAAAUGAGACAAAACCAGACGAGGACUCCAAAAAGGGAAGCUGUUGUCUGCUGGCCGACAAGAUCCCGGCUCGAUAUAUCUUGUCGGGUGUGUUUUUCCUGGGCAUCAUUUCAUUGGUCACAAUAAGAAACGGAUUCAGUGUCGCCAUUGUUGUCAUGGUGAACAGUUCAUCGUCCGCUACACCUGCCAAUCAAAGUGCCGCCAUCUACCAACUCUGUCCGAGCAGUGGGUCUGGUAAUACUUCAACACAGAACGAGGAAGGAGAACUAGAAUGGAGUAAGAGCCUGAGGGGAACUCUACUGGGGGCGUACUAUUAUGGCUACAUCAUCACCCAGGUCGUUGGCGGUGUGUUGGAGCAGAAGUUGGGCGGCAAAAUCGUGUACGGUACUGGCAUUUUGGCGAUAGCUGCCCUGGACGCUCUUGGUCCCGUUGCUUCCAGGACGAGUCCUUGGGCCAUGUUUGCCGUCAGAUUCACCAUGGGACUGGUGUCUGGAGUUCUGUUUCCCACCAUGUACGGAGUCUUGGGCCGAUGGGCUCCUCCUACCGAAAGGACAAGACUUCUGGCGUUUUGCUACAUAGGGUUACCCAUUGGAAAUUUCAUCAACUACCCACUGGCGUCCUUCCUAGCUGCAGAGUUGGGCUGGGAUGCCAUCUUCUAUGUUCCUGGCGCUUUUGCAGCAGCCUGGCUGGUGGUUUGGCUUCUCCUGGCCUACGACUCACCUGCAAAACAUCCACGGAUCCUGGAGGAAGAACAGAAGUACAUCGAAGAGAGCACAGGGGUUAAAGUACAACAGAAACCAAGAGUUCCUUGGCUGAAAGUGUUCUCGUCACUUCCGGCCUGGGCUCUCAUCGUUGGACAAUUCUAUUCCAACUGGUCCAAGUACUUUUUGCUUACCCAACUUCCAAACUACAUGAAGAAUGUGCUGGGUUUCAACAUCAGAACGAACGGCUUGCUGUCUGCUCUUCCCUUCCUUCUUGAGAUGGUCUCCAUGUUGGCGUCAAGCGUUGCAGCUGACCGCUUGAUUCAAGGCGGGAAAAUCCCCAAGGUGUGGAUAAGAAGGGUUAUCGUUAUCACAGGAUGUAUCGGCAUGGUGACAUGUGGAUUGGUCCUGGCAAACCUGAGUGGAUGCAAUCCUUUCGUCGCCGUCGCCUUGCUGUGUCUGCUACAGGCCUUUUAUGCCCUAACAACAUCAGGUAUGCGUGCUGUCCAUGUUGAGUUCGCGCCCAGAUUCAGCGGGGUGACAUUUGCACUGGCCAACACGGCAGGAACUCUUCCCGGCAUCUUCGCUCCUCUGCUGGUCGGAUUCAUCACAGAGAAUGAUCCAACGGUUGGUGCCUGGUCCAAAAUCUUCUACAUAGGAGCAGCCAUUCAGGGCCUGGGAGGGAUUUUCACCGUGGUGUUCAUGCGCACUGACGUUCAGCCCUGGGCUCGGGGAGAGGGCGACGAAGAGACCAACAUCCAGGAUAAGGACCUUGUCAUCACCAAUGAACAUGCCGAGAAGCAGGUUGUGGAGAUGCUUAGCACCAAAUUAUGAGUAGUCUAACCAUGACUUGAAUUGUGUAGAACAUUCAAUUCAGAAAGCUAUCUGUGUUGCCGGAUGAAAAGUCAGAAUCAUAAUACAUGUAACAUGACUGACAUGGUCGAUGUCUAUUUGUAAUUAACAACGCGAGUGACAAGUGCGAACUUUUCAUUUAGAAUAAGGUUGCAUUCAAGAAUUUAAGACUUUGUUCUCAAAUGAAAAAAAUGUUGUAUCCUAUGAUUAAGCUGCAUAUACCCUGUAUGACGCAAGCUUAAAGGCGGUGAAGUCUUGAUCUACUUGUAGUAGUCCAAAGGUGAGGAUAAGCGAUUGCCUACUCAUUCUACCCACAUGUAAUGUGUUGAUGGGAUGAAGUAUUUUACAUCUCCAUUGUAAUAUAUUACACAAUUCAGCCUAUAGGUUACGAUGUUUUACAAAUAAAUCAUUCUCUCUCACUCUUAGCAUAUCUCUUUUAAAUAUUUCUUGUGAAAGACAAGUGAUGCAAUUUUAACGGCUUUCAAUAAAAGCAUAGCAGGGCACAAAUAUAUCAUUUAAGUAAUCUAGAGCCUACGUUUUUAGAAUAUGUAACUCAUAUGUUAGAUAUAGAUUGCUUGUCUCAAAGGUUUUGACAAAGUGUAUUGACAUAGCAUGGGGAGCGGUUGCUUUCUAGGACCUUUCUAUCAGUAAAACAUCAUACACUCCUGUAUUACCUGUAAUCACGAGUGGUAUAUUUUGCAUUAAUCUGUAAGUAGUGGGCCAAAUCUGAGAGUAAAAAAAUGAAGUCAUUCUGAUUAUAAAAAUGAAUGGUCGGGCGCAGUUUCCAACAUGCAGCAUGUACCUCUCGCAAAGGUUAUCUAUUAGGUACAUUUUUGUUAUCUCCCGUAUGUAGCAACUUUGCCCUUUGUCAUGCUUUGACAUGUUGUAAGUGCAGCACUAGCACCAUUGUUCAGUCGGAAAAUCAGAUACCCUGAAGGUAGGUCUUUAUACGCCACUGUUAAUGACAAGAACACGGUGGCAUAAUUAUGCAAUACCAUAGUUGUAAUCAUUGCCUGUUGCUAGACUAUUCAUUGAACGUAAUUAUUCUUUGUGGACAUACAAGGUUGGUGAUUAGUUGCUAUGUCUCUGAGUUCAGAUGUCAAAACCUACACGUUCAUUUAUGUGCUGAGCGGUGCU